AAAAAUUCCAACUCACUCACUCUGUAUUAUUGAAUCUUUGAACAUCUUUGUGAUACUUUGCAAUGACCGUCAAAAGAAGCACCAGAACAGUGUCAUAAUUGAAUUUUAAUCUUCUAAAACUUUUUACUAAGGGAAAAACAAUUCUGUAACUUAUGGUGGGAAAUUUUACAACCACUCAAGGAACUGAGUCUCAUUGGCGAUUACUAAGCUGAAAAUCGCGAGAUGACCUACCCAACGUGGUAGAACUAUUUAAUCAGGUAGCUAGCUGUUUCAAUUCAUCUACUCCCUUCUCAUGAAGCUACUGUUAAAUUUUUUUAAGAAUAGCACAUAGUCAAAAUUGAAGAAAAGCAAAAGAUUUUAAUUUUGAAAAAAAAGUAACCAAAGCUAUUUGGAAAACGAUAUGGAUAGUCCAGUUUCGGAGGUAAACUCCUUUAAAGCGAGUGGAAAACCACCGGUCAGCAACCCGCCAAUGUCCAUAAUCCGUGAGAUAUUAUUUAUAUUUAUUACUAGUAGUGCUCAGCUCAUGACUCAAGCUGGCUUGGGUCAAACAAUUGCGCCAAGUCAUAUCAUAGGAAAAGCAUUUGGAACAACGAAUAGUGGUCAAUUGAGUUGGUUUCCAGCUUCCUACAGUUUGACAGUAGGUACAUUCAUCCUUGUUGCCGGAAAACUUGGUGAUAUGUACGGACAUAAGAAUAUGUUUAUAUUUGGGUAUGCGUGGUAUAGUUUAUGGUCCUUGAUAUCAGGUUUCAGUGUUUAUGCAAAAUCAGCCAUCAUGUACGACGUUUGUCGUGCACUCACGGGAAUUGCACCAGCGUUUCUUCUACCUAAUGCAUUGGCCAUCCUUGGUAGGGUGUAUCCGCCGGGAAGGCGAAAGCAAUGGGCGUUUUGUAUGUUUGGUGCUACGGCACCGAACGGAUUUUUGCUCGGUGCUGUUUUCUCUGGUAUCUUCUCACAGUUGGCUUGGUGGCCUUGGUCAUAUUGGUCCACGUGCAUUAUUUGCUUUGCUUUUUGUAUCGCCAGUUAUUUAAUUAUUCCAGAUAUUCAAGAGGAGACUGAUGAGGAGAAAACCUCCGAGAAGCGACAUUUUGACUAUCUUGGAACAUUCUUUGGUAUAACGGGUUUGGUACUCAUUAACUUCGCAUGGAAUCAAGGCCCUGUCGUUGGUUGGCAUGUACCAUAUGUAUAUAUUCUAUUGAUUAUUGGGGUUUUGUCCAUGGUUGUGUUUAUCUACGUUGAGCACAAAACGCUCGAACCACUAUUACCUCCUGAUGCAUUCACCGGGGAGAUUGGAUUCAUCCUCAUGUGUAUAGCAGCCGGUUGGGCUUGUUUUGGGAUUUGGAUUUACUACUUAUGGAACUUUUUCGAAGUUCUGCGGCAAAACACUCCGUUGUUAACGGUCGCCCAAAUGGCACCUGUCGGUAUUAGUGGUUGCCUUGCUGCUGCCAGUACGGGAACAUUAUUAUCUCGCUUUCGACCAAUUAUUUGUAUGAUUAUUUCCAUGGCUGCGUUUACUAUCGGUACCAUUCUUCUUGCAACGGCACCUAUUGAUCAAACAUACUGGGCACAAACUUUUGUUGCCACUAUCGUAACUCCCUGGGGUAUGGAUAUGAGCUUCCCAGCUGCAACUUUGGUGAUCAGUGAUUUCGUUUCAAGAGAAAAUCAAGGUAUUGCUGCGUCGCUCGUGAGCACGGUUGUGAAUUAUUCUAUUUCAAUAGGCCUCGGCAUUGCCGGCACUAUUGAAGUGCAUCUUAACCAUAAAGGAACGAAUAUUUUGAGGGGGUAUCGAAGUGCUUGGUAUAUGGGAAUAGGAUUUGGUGGUCUGGGUGUUGGUGUCUCAAUAUUAGCCGCUGUUCUUUUAUUUACAAAACCUAGUAAACGUGCUUCUGAUGUUGAAAGCGCGGAAGAGACUGCGGAGAAAAAGGAAAUUGGUAUUUCGAAUUAGUUUUAUCUACAAUUAUCUUUUUUCUCGAUAUAAUUCCAAAAAUUAUUUAAUGAAUGGUUGUAUUUUACGGCGAUACCAUUUUGUAUAUUACCUUGAUUCUACAAGUAAUUAAAUAAGCAUAUAUAAAGUCGAGAAUAUUUAAUUUAUUUAAUUUAUUUUUA